AUGCCAGUAAAACGAAUUACAUUUUUAUUAAAUACUACCGCUGUUGCCAUCAGCGUUCAUGCCUUGACCGAUGAAGAGAAGGCAAAAGUAAGAGAAUUGGCAACUGGAUGCUUGGACAAAACCUCCGUCGACAAGGACCUGAUCGGCAAAGCGCGCAAACAGGAGUACACCGAACGUAACCCCCAAUUGGCCGCUUACUACACCUGCAUGAUGACCGGAAUGGCCUUCCAGAAAGCCGACGGCACCUUCGACACCGACCGCAUGGCCGAGAAGCUCCCCGGCAGCGGUGACCGCGACAGCGCCGUCAAGGCUAUCAAGAAGUGCUCCGCCCACGACAUUUACACAUUGAAAAUGACACUAAGCGGUAACAAUUAA